AUGGACAAGUCAUCUGCCGUCUUAGACGGCACAUCUGGCGUCGGUCGUGCGUCUCGUAACGUGACCGACCCAUCUGCAACAUCAUCAAGCGCAACAACAGGAAGUCAGAACUCAAAACAAUCCUCUGCCAACAAUUCUGUAGGCCCUUCGCCCUUGGCCUCAAGAGAUUCUUCGCCCACGCGACGUCCUCGAAGGACUGCUUCAGCAAACCGCUUGCCUGGUAAUCGAUCUCGAAAAAACAGUCAAACCGAUAAUAGUCCUUCACGCACGACACGACCAAGUUUGUCCUCCGCUGCCCCAUCACGCUCAUUGUCUUCGACCAACACUCCAACACUUGCACCUUCCCAAGAACAACAACAACAACAGAUCCAAGCACCGACCCCACAAAAGCCAGGCUUCAACGCAGAACUUAAAGACAGCCCGCGAUGGCCCGUAUCGCCCCGCCUGCGAUCGCCUCCCCCCCAAUUUAGCAACAGACCAGCAAUUCCUGCACGUCGCAGCGAGCAGGAUCUUCCUUCCAUUAGUGUUCAGCGACCUACGCCGUCGCCGCAGCCUAUGGAGCAACAAACAAUAUCAGAGAGUGAGAUGGAGGAGUCACAGUAUCCAUCUGGUAUGCGAACUCCAGCUCGCGUAGCGUUGGAAACGGUUCAAGAAGUCAGUUUACCAAACUCCCCCAACCCUCCCAACGGGUCGGCCUUAGUGGAAAGGGUGAAGGAAAAGCUAUCUAGCACCGACAACUAUUCCGAUACCGCACUUCCCGAUGGACGGGCUCUACGAGCAAAGAACAGCUUGGUUGGUCAAGAGAGUGGUAGCGACACCAGCAACAACAAGGCGGAGACAAGAAGACCGACAUCCGUUCCUCCACCAAUAAUUACUCGGCAGUCUAGCGCCAUGUCGAAUAAGCAAAUGAAGUCGAAGCAGGAUGGAUCCAUACAGACCAUGACAGUAGAGACCGAGACUGUUCCAAGCGUGCCACAGGUUGCGCUCACAACCGCCCAGAAAAGUGAAGGCACAAAUGGAACUCUAAAGACCAAACAGAGCACGGAGACAAUAAAACCGAAAAAGGAUAAGAAGAAGGUUACACGCAAACAACCUCCAGUAAAUGCAGGGAAUGCAUCUUCCAAAGCUGAUGUUUUUGAGGCAACAAUUGCCAGCGCCGUUGACGAAGCAAACACCUCGGAUUCUGAAGAGACUUUUGUUUACGACUCUAACCCUCCAGAUGGCAAUGAUCGGGCUGGACGGCGAUUUCAUUCAAGGACUCCCAGUGCUACAUCUAUGGCUAGCCAGGCUGAUCGCCAGAAUCUGCGAUCCAUUUAUGGUAUUAUGGAGAGUGGAGGACCUGCUCAUGGGCCCAAAAAGACGAUGAAAUUCGUCAACACUUUUACCAGCAACGGAAACGAGAGCCUAGCAGUCGAAACCGAGGAUGGCAAAGGCUCUAACCGCAGUGGUGGCAGUGGGUCAACACGAGGUACGACGAGACACCAUCACCACAUUGGUCGCUGGGGUAGACAGCCUGGUAACGGCCAUGCCUCGCUAUUUGAUAAUGAGUCCCCGUUUCCGAAUGCUGCGAGGUCAAAGCUCGUUGGACCUAAUUCUCGCAAUUCCUCUGGUCCACCGAGCCCUCGCAACGCUCACUCCAACGCUCCACGCCAUUUUGGACAUAAACGUUCUGCGAUGCAGAUGUCGUCCAGUUACGAUAUGGAUGACACGACAGGAGCAGAUGAUGAGCGUACACCUCUUCUCGGCUCGGUCCGCUCAGGUCGUUCAGGUCGAAACCGGCGCGGGCCGCACAACCUACGACAGGCCGAGUCACAAACUUUUGCAAGACGGUCGUCGUACUUAAACCGGUUUGCGGCAUGCUUAGUACUUACCAUGAUGUUCAUGCUUGUCAUUACCGGCGCUAUCGGCUUCAUGUUUGCCACUUCGCAGCCUAUGACUGGGAUCGAAAUCACUGCUAUCCACAACGUGGUGACCAGCGACCAAGUGUUGAUGUUCGAUUUGACCGUCAAAGCACAUAAUCCUAACAUCGUCGUCGUCACAAUAGACCACGCGAACCUAGAGGUUUUCGCGAAAUCUGAAUAUACAGGAACAGAUUCGGACUGGUGGGCUCGACCUUUCCCUCACGGCCCAGAUGAUAUACGCGUGUCAGAUGACCCCGAAAACGACCCUCCGCUGGAUGAUCCCGACCCAGAUGACGACCUUCGACCCAACGUUCUUCUGGGACGGAUCACAGAAUUCGAUAGUCCUCUCACCUUCGAGGGCUCUCUGUUCCAUCAAGGCACUUCUUCUUCAACUGGAGAGAUGCAACUCGAAUACCCUCUGAACAAUACAGUGGGGGGCUCACGACGUUGGGAGCGAAUUUACCAGAACGAAUUUGACCUAAUCGUUAAGGGCGUGGUUAAAUACACUCUUCCGAUGAGCGCCCGUAUCCGCAGCGCAACUGUAUCAGGGAGGAAGGCCGUCAGUCCAAAUUCUUCAAAUGAUCCUUCGAACAGUACCAAGGUUGAACCUUCAAACUAG